CAGCACACAAGCACUGAAUGUGUGUUAUCUGAAGUUCUCCAGAAUGCUGGGAGGAGUACUGGCUGGGUGACAACAUGGGAUGGGACUUGUCUAGCCGUUUAAAGGUUCCGCUCUAGGGUCUGUACGUAUACACAGUACUAAAAAACAAUUGGACCUUCCUCAAGAGAAACUUCAGAAUGAAGGAACAAAUUAACACAACGCUAAUGACAACAACAGAAAACUAUGAGGACUACAAAGACACAACUUUCGAUUAUGAACAUUAUGAAGAACUCUGUGUAAAGCAUGACAUCCGGAGGUUUGCUGAGGUUUUCCUCCCAGCUUUCUAUUCAGUGGCAUUUGUGAUUGGUGUUGCCGGCAAUUCUUUAGUAAUUGCCAUAUAUGCCUACUAUAAAAAGAUGAGAACCAAGACUGAUGUGUAUCUACUGAACCUAGCAGUGGCAGAUCUUUUGCUACUUUUCACCCUUCCCUUCUGGGCUGUGGAUGCAUCAAUUGGAUGGAAGUUGGGAAAUGCAAUGUGCAAGAUAACUGCAGCUUUGUAUACUAUAAACUUCAGCUCAGGAAUGCAAUUCCUGGCUUGCAUCAGCUUGGACAGAUUCUUUGCAGUGACCAAAGUAUCAAGCCAACAAAAUUUCCAAAAACGAUGCUGGGCAAUCUGUAUUUUUGUCUGGAUGACUUCCCUGAUGCUGAGCAUCACUGAUUUAUAUUUCAGUGAAGUAAAAGAACACAACGGCAAACAUGCAUGUCUUCCAAUAUAUCCCAAAGAUUCAGUAAAAGAAGUUACAGCCUUAAUUGAAAUCCUUGAGAUUGUCUUCUGCUUCGUAAUACCCUUUGUCAUCAUGUUGUUCUGCUACACGGCGAUGGCCAAGGUUCUUCUAAAGACUCCAAACAUUAAAAGGUCAAGGUCCCUCAAGGUAUUGCUGACAGUAGUAGUAGUCUUUCUGAUCACCCAGUUGCCAUAUAACAUAACCAAAUUAUGGAGAGCCUUGGAUAUCAUAUAUGGACUGAUUACAAGAUGUGAGACGAGCAGAACCAUUGACCUAAUGAUGCAAGUGACGGGGAGCAUGGCCUUGUUCCACUGCUGCCUCAACCCAUUAUUGUAUGCAUAUAUGGGGACUACAUUUAAAACUUACAUAACUAAAACCGUAAAAAGAUUUAGCUCUUGGAGAAAACAAAGAAGUGAAAGUGUGGAAGAGUAUGCCAUGUAUUCUGAAAGCCAUGUUGAAGAAACCAGUAGCUUCUCCAUCUAAAUAUCACCAGAUUGUUUGCACUAGUGGUUAUACAAAGUAGACACUGGCAACCAUAGCAUAAGCUACAAAUACAUAUGUAUAUUUGUCAGCUAACUAUUAAUACCAUCCAUAGUAUAGAGCUGCCUUUCUCAAAUUGGGUUGUAUGGUACUGUAUGGUUCCUCCAGAGAUUGCUAAAGGUUUGUUGAGCAAAGAGCAAUUUCUCUCUCACAGUUAAGCUACAACUGACCAAUGAUCUUCUUAGCUAUCUGGGGGGGGGGGGGGUUGCUCUUUCCACUGAUUUCAAAGUGUGAGGAGCUUUCUUCCAUCUGUACAGCAAGCCAAUAAUCAGUGAGCUGGAGAUAUAGUAACUAUUAGCAGAGGUUUCUUGAGACAGGAAAGUAAUUACAUGAGUUCCUCAGUGUUAGAAAGGUUGAGGAAAGGCUGGUAUAGAGAAACCAUCAUGUAAUUUGCUAAAAGCUAGUAAACUAUGGACAGUAAUGCCCCGUAUACAUGAGCAGUUUUCCCGUCGGAAAAAAGUUGUACUGAAUUUCGCUCAAGCCUGCCUUGCAUACACACGGUCACACAAAAG